UCUUGUCUCUCGCUGGCAGUAAGGAGAGCAGAGUCAUGGCCACUGAGGGAAGGAUGGCAGCCGUCACUCUCCUGUUUUUCGCCACCUUCACCCAAGGGCUUCAUGGUGUAAGCCUGUAUCAUAUGGAAUGGAUCAAUGCAACAGCGGGGCAGAGUGUUACCCUUCCGUGCAUUAAAGAGGAAAACCACAGCUACAGCAUUACUCAGAUGGAGUGGAAGAAAUCUGUGGGUCAUCAGGAGCAAAAGAUAGUGGUUUUCAACCCCUUAUUUGAAACACCAUACAAAUACUGGGAGAACGUCUCCCUUCAGCUGGAGGGUUCUAGAGAGAAUCUAAGGGGUUGGACCCUGAAGUUGCACAACGUGAGCAUUUUUGACAGCGGGAGAUAUGUGUGUGAGCUCACCACUUACCCACAUGGGACACUUACGGCCGUCACACACCUCCAAGUCACAGGUGUCCACCUGUUUGCCGGAGUGAAGAUGCCAAAUCGGCAUUUGAGAGAGGGGGAUGAGGUAACGAUCCUCUGUAACAGCACGCCCCCUGCAGACAGAUACUCCCUCUGGUCCUCUAAGAAAAAGAUGGCCAUCAUUACAAGCACGGACGGAAGGUUCGUGCUGCACAAUGUCACACGAGAUGACAGCGACAUGUACAUCUGUAAGCCUGAGAGCCUGAGAACUGGUCUGUCUUUUCACAGCCACAAUGUCACCGUCCAGGUGACAGUCAACUAUCUUGAUGAAAUUAAAUGUGAUGCCAACAGCAAUAUUGGGGUUGCUGCAGGCCACAAUGUCUCAAUAUCCUGUGCAUCAAAUGCAUCCCAGUCCUCCAAUUACACAUGGAAAAAGGGCAAUGAGACUGUGUCGGCGUCAAAGGUCCUGUAUCUCCCGUCAGUGAGCAGUGAGCAGGCUGGGAUGUACACGCUGACUGUUAUCGUCAACAACAAUGUUGGUCUACGAAGGCAGGCCACAUUUAACAUAACUGUGUGGUCAGACCUCAUGCCGAGCACAACAGCUCCCACCUCCACCACAGCCAAUGUGAGGAGCAUGGUCACCACCUUUUGGAGGACUAACAUAACCACGGCAAUGGGCAAAGACACCCCGGGGAGCACCUCUCCCCCGCCGCACUUCACCUCUACAGCAGCAGGCCUCUGGCCGGGUGAACUCCAGAAUGCCUCCACCACAAUCGUCAGCACGCUGUCAGCAGCUGACGGUGGCUGGGGGUCAGAGGUCAACAGCACAGCUACCACCUACUCCAGCCGUUCAUUAAACGGCACACUGCCUCCAUUUGAAGGGAAUGGUACAGGUGUCCAGGAAGAGGGAAAUGCAUUGAACCCAGGAUCACCUACUGCUGUUCAAAAUGACAGCAUCCUCACACUUGCCACUGGAUACCCAGCAAACAUCAGCACCCCCACAGAGAUACCCCGCUCUGACCAGGGAAACAGCAGCAGUAAAAGAUAUGUGGUGUUCAUUUUGCUGCCUGUGGUGGCCCUGUUGUUGGUGAUACUGUAUCUAUACAGGAGGCAUGUAAUCCAGCGCAGGUUGGACUUGCCUCCUCCCUUCAAGCCGCCACCACCCCCAGUGAAGUACUCCUCCGUCAGGACACAGGAGGUCCCCAUGACAGACAUCCUGAAGAGAUAGAUACAAAGGACAAAAGACACAGUAUGGCACAACGGCACAGUGCAGCAGCACACCCCAGGACAGAGACAACACUCAAGGCACAGACUGCAAAGCAGGAGGAAUGAUGUUGACCUGCUACUAACCUUAGAAAUAUGUCCUAAAGGUCUGGCCAAUUUAAUAUUCAGUAAAUAUUCAUUUCCUUUCAACACCAAUGCAUCUUUUGGAGAACAUACAGCAGGGGCGGCCAACCAUCUCCUAGAGAGCCACUUGUCCUGCAUGUUUUAGAUCUCUCCC